AUGGGUCUGAUUGGCAAAGAAGAGAUCAGCAAAACAAGAAGAUAUACAUCUUCUCUUUGGAGAGGAGUGAAGACGAUCUUCGUUCUCUUCACUAUGUUCCUCUCUUUCAUCCUCUUCUCUGCUCCUAUCUUCCUCUCCGUCGCAGACGCCGUCCUCCCCUCCAUCAUCCUCUCCUCCUUCUCUUCUCUCCUUCGUCUUUCUCCGGCCACGGUUUCUUCUCAUCUCAGCAACUACGACUUCAGAUACUCCCUCAUCGAUAUUCCUCUCAUCUCCAUCAUUAGAUCUGCCAUUAUACUCUGCGUUUACGGGCUCUGUGACGGACCAAAGCUAUCAAGGGGACCAUAUCUGACAAUAACAAUGAUCUGCUCAGUAUGUUCAUUGAUCUAUGUAUCUUUUAAGGCAGCUGUUGUGUUUGGCGAGCCAGUGAUCGGAGGAAAGUUCAGAACCGAGGAAGUGGCUCUGUUUGUGUGUUCGUGGGUCUUAGCCAUCGGUCAUAUCGUUGUGGCGUAUAGAACAAGUUGUAGAGAGAGGAGAAAACUCUUAGUCUUCAAGAUCGACAUCGAAUCCGUUUCAGCUUGUAAGAAUGUGUUUCCCAGAUACCAAAAGAUACUCCUACAAGAGAGACUCAGAUAG